AGGUCUCGGGCCCUCAGGCGGAGCGGCGGGCGCCGGACCCCCAGGUGGAGCGACAGGUCUCGGGCCCUCAGGCGGAGCGGCGGGCGCCGGACCCCCAGGUGGAGCGACAGGUCUCGGGCCCUCAGGCGGAGCGGCGGGCGCCGGACCCCCAGGUGGAGCGACAGGUCUCGGGCCCUCAGGCGGAGCGGCGGGCGCCGGACCCCCAGGCGGUGCGACAGGUCUCGGGCCCUCAGGCGGAGCGACAGGUCUCGGGCCCCCAGGCGGGGCGGCGGGCGCCGGACCCCCAGGUCUCGGGCCCCCAGGCGGAGCAGCGGGCACCGAGUCACCAGGCACGACAGUGGGCUCCGAGUCAACUGCAUGACCGCUGGCACUAGGUCAGACAUUGGAUCGUCUGGCUGGACAUCGGGCAUCGGGUCACCAGGCAUCAGGUCAUUUGGCUCG